UUAGGGUCCCCCCUCCCUCCAGCCGGGGCCCCGCAGCGGGGAUUGCCGGGGGGAUUCCUGCCUCUGCUGCUGGGGUCGAGACCCCCUGACCUUGGGACAGAUGUGAGCGGCAGCCUGGGGGUGGCCCCUGGUGGGGAGCUGGGAGUGACGUGACUGGGUGCACCCACCCGCUGGACAUGGCACCCUGGGGCCAGGAGCCCCCUCGAGGGGCACGGGGUGGGCACAGCAGUGACGCUCGCAUCUCCUCAGGACAGUGCCUGCUGCCUGCUGGGGAGCCCCUGUGACCCGCCUGGGUGGUGCCUGUCACCUGCUGGGAAUGGUGGCCACUGGGAUGGGUCCCCCCGCCUGCUAGGAUGGUGGCCAUGACCCACUGGGAUGGUGCCCGUGGCUUUCUGGGAUGGCGCCUGUGACCUGUCAGGGUGGGCUCCACCAUCCUGUUGGGACGGUGACAGUAAUCCACUGGGACAGGUCACACCGCCUGCUGGGGUGGUGACCAUCCCCCGCCAGAAUGGUGGCUGUGGUAGUGACCGCGACACCGCUGGGAUGGUGCCCGUGACCCCCUGGGAUGGUGGCCACGAACCACUGGCACGGUGGCCGUGCCCCCUGGGAUGGUGUGCGCGACCCGCGGGUUGUGCCCCACACCUGCUGGGCUGGCGGCUGUGACUCCCGAGGUGUGUCCUGCCCUGUCCCCUGCGCCGGUGCUGCUGAGGGUCCCGUGGGGUCCCGUGCCCACGCCGCUGUCCCCGCCCGUGUCCCCGCAGAGGUGCUGCUGCGGGUGCAGGUGUUUGAGAGUGGGACGCUGGCCCCGCUGGCGCAGGCAGCCCUGGACGUGUUCGGCGCCCGCAGCGCGCUGGCAGCCGGGACCACCGACCAGACGGGCAGCGGGGUGCUGCCCGUGCCCUACCGCCUGGGCUCCUGGCUGCUCGUCACCGCCGCUCGCCGCGGAUACGUCACCGCCUCCGUCCCCUGGCGCGUCACCAAACUGCCGCUCUACGCCUCCAUCAGCCUCUACCUGCUCCCAGAGCGCCCGGCCACGCUCAUCCUCUACGAGGACCUGGUCCAGAUCCUCCUGGGAUCCCCAGGUGAGGCACGGGGAUGGCAGUGGGUGACACCACCGGCCCCCCCUGGGUGCUGCCACCCGCCUUGUGCUCCCCAGCUGAGCCAUGGGGAUGGCAGUGGGUGACACCACCAGCCCCGC